AAGACCGCUCGGACUAGGGCUGAGAAGCAAGAACUGAUGGGAGGCGGUCAGAUUCUGGAUCCAGGAAGAAGGGUGUGGACAGCAGGUCCUCCCGGGAAGGGUGAUGCCACUGACCGGCGCGGGAGGACCGUGGAGGAGCUGGUUUGGACAGGGCGGGAGGGAGGGCGGCAGGCUGGGGACCUGGCAAGUCUGAGAUAAUAAUUAUUCAUGCAGGUGUGGGAGCUCAGCCAGCCCAGGGGGACCGCCCUGGCUCCAGACGCAUGACUGUCUCCGAGCACUUGCCGUGCUAGAGACCGACCCGGCCGCUCCACCGGCGUCAUUUGGUCACUUAAUUCUGAGGUUCCUCUCAGCACCCAAGUGCCCAUGUCCUGUGGGCUGGCCAGGAACGUGGCACACCUGGGCUGGGGUAGAACCUGGGCGUCAUCAGCAGGCAGGUGGGAGAGAGCCGCCCAGGCAGCAAGUGCAGAGGGAAUAGGCACGGGGAAGGGGAGGAGGCCCCGGAGAAGAAUGUGGAAGGCGGCCAGAGACUCGGGAGAGAACCAAGCAGUGGCUCGGCGAGCAGCUCCGACGAGCGUUUCCGGGUCUCAGGAAAAUCCAAGCAACCGGUGUCUGGUCCACAGCCCGUCCUUUGACACCUAAGCCACAUGCUGAGUCUCCUUGGGGAACGCAAACUCACGGAGACCUGCUCCGGGCCGCGGAAGGCUGUUGCUCUCGUUGGUCAACUCUGCUCGAGCUGAACACCAGCCUGGGAGAAACUCUGAAUGAACAGAACAAGGAAAUCCAGUCCAAAAUCUGACAAAUAAGCCAUGACGGUCAGCGAACAGGACUCCACAGAUUCCAAAGAAAGUGAUUCGGUGAAAGAGACAUUGGACUGGUCCUGCUGGCUCAUCGUGGCCUCUCUGGUGGGCGCCUUCGGCUCCUCCUUCCUCUAUGGGUACAACCUGUCGGUGGUGAACGCCCCAACUCUGUACAUCAAGUCCUUCUACAAUGAAUCGUGGGAAAGAAGGCACGGACAUCCAAUAGACCAAGACACUCUGACCCUGCUCUGGUCUGUGACGGUGUCCAUAUUCGCCAUUGGUGGACUCGUGGGGACGUUACUGGUGAAGCUGAUCGGAAAGGUUCUUGGGAGGAAGCACACUCUGCUGGUCAACAAUGGGUUUGCGAUAUCUGCUGCACUGCUCAUGGCCUGUUCUCUCCAGGCAGGAGCCUUUGAAAUGCUCAUCGUGGGACGCUUCAUCAUGGGCGUGGAUGGAGGCAUCGCCCUCAGCGCGCUCCCCAUGUACCUGAACGAGAUCUCGCCCAAGGCAAUCCGUGGCUCUCUGGGGCAGGUGACCGCCAUCUUCAUCUGCGUUGGCGUGUUCGUGGGGCAGCUGCUAGGCCUGCCUGAGCUGCUGGGAAAGGAGAGCACCUGGCCAUACCUGUUUGGAGUGAUCGCUGUCCCUGCCUUGGUCCAGCUGGCGACCCUGCCUUUUCUCCCCGAGAGCCCCCGCUACCUACUCUUUGAGAAGCACGACCAGGCCGGAGCCGAGAAAGCCUUCCGAACCUUCCUGGGCAAAGAGGAUGUCUCCCGAGAGGUGGAGGAGGUCCUGGCAGAGAGCCGCUUGCAGAGGAACAUCCACCUGGUGUCCGUGCUGGAGCUGCUGCGGAGUCCCUUCGUCCGCUGGCAGGUCAUCACUGUGGUCGUCACCAUGGCCAGCUACCAGCUCUGCGGUCUCAACGCGAUUUGGUUCUACACCAAUAGCAUCUUUGGGAAAGCUGGGGUCCCUCCGGAAAAGAUCCCAUACAUCACCUUGAGCACCGGUGGCAUUGAGACUUUGGCCGCCAUCUUCUCUGGCUUGGUCAUUGAGCGCCUGGGACGGAGACCCCUCCUCAUGGGCGGCUUUGGGCUGAUGGCCCUCUUCUUUGGGAUCCUCACCGCUACAUUGACACUGCAGGACCACGCCCCCUGGAUCCCAUACCUGAGUAUCGUGUGCAUUCUGGCCAUCAUAGCCUCCUUCUGCAGCGGGCCAGGGGGCAUCCCGUUCAUCCUGACCGGCGAGUUCUUCCAGCAGCCCCAGCGGCCGGCUGCUUUCAUCAUCGCGGGCACCGUCAACUGGCUCUCCAACUUCGCCGUGGGGCUCCUCUUCCCGUUCAUCCAGAAAAGUCUGGACACCUACUGUUUCCUGGUUUUUGCUGCGAUCUGCCUCACAGGUGCUAUCUAUUUCUAUUUUGUCCUGCCUGAGACAAAAAACAGAACCCAUGUAGAAAUCAGCCAGGCAUUUGCCAAAAGGAACAAGGCCUACCCUCCGGAGGAGAACACGGACUCAUCUGUGAGCGACAAUAAGGUGGCCAGAAGGCCCGAGCAAGACUCCGCCUCCACGCUGGACAAUUAUGUCAAAAAUGGGAUUGUCUAGACGGAUAGUCUCACCAUUUCAGGAAACCAGAGGUUUCCCUACACGGUUAAUAUUAUUAAGUAUUUAAAAAUAAACCUUUGCUAAUCUAAUGUCACAACCAUUUGGGUUUCAUUCAUAGCUUAUCUCCAAACUCUCUGGAAGGUGGACCCCUCAUUUUUCUUAUGGAUCAAUGGCCUGUCCUCUUCAUGACUUAGCCCAUGGUUUCGACAUGAAAUUGGGGAAAUAGCAUCUGAAGGCUUUCUCACCGGAAAACCAUAUAGUCUGACCAGAGAUGGCAGUGGGCCGAAAAGCACAGACCAAGGUCCUGGUGCCAGAUGUGCCAUAAGCAGCCUUGAGCUGCCCUCAACCCGGAUCCCGAAACCCCAAGGGACCCUUGGCUUUGGUCCUAGAUGACGGUUUUCAGACUUCAGUGGAAAGACUCUCUUACGGGGGCGCCUGGGUGGCGCAGUCGGUUAAGCGUCCGACUUCAGCCAG